CACACGGUGCACGAGCGGCGGGGCCCGGUCACAUGACCGACGAGUGCGGGGGCAGGAAGUUUGGCUGGGGAGGUGCCGCCCGCUCUUCUCCCAUAAGUGCGUGCACAGGCUAAAGAGCAACAGGCAGCAGGGACUACAGGCUACUGAGUGCACGGAGACAGACACGGCAGCAGGAUGGCGGUGGAAGGAGGCAUGAAGUGUGUCAAGUAUCUGGUCUUCCUCUUUAACUUCUUGUUCUGGAUUUGUGGUUGUGCACUCAUAGGCCUGGGAAUCUUUGUGUUAGUAGAAAUGAACAACCCACAACUAUUUAAAAAUGUCUCAUCCGGUGCCCCAGUUGUCAUUAUCGCAGUCGGGGUUAUCAUUUUCUUCAUCUCCUUCUUUGGCUGCUGCGGAGCUGCAAGAGAGAACUACUGCAUGGUCACCACGUUUGCAGUUUUGCUGGUUCUGAUAUUCCUGGUAGAAAUAGCAGCUGCAAUCGCUGGAUAUGUUUAUAGGAAUCAGUUACAGAAUAUAUUCACAGACUCUUUCAUGGAUGGUAUGCGCAACUACCAAAACUCAACAGAUGUACAAAAAGCAAUUGAUGACCUGCAGAGAAAUUCUCAAUGCUGUGGUGCCAAUAAUUAUACUGACUGGUAUAAGUUUGAGCCUUUUAAAACCCCACCUCAUGUGCCUACUUCUUGCUGUAUUGUAAAUGCUACAGGCUGUGACACAGACCCUUCCAAAAUUUAUAGUGUGGGUUGUGUGCCUACAAUAGAAGCUUUGAUGAGGAAAAGCAUUGGCAUUAUAGCUGGAGUUGCUUUGGGCAUUGCGUUCUUUGAGGUCUUGGGAAUUAUAUUUGCCUGCUGUCUAAUGAAGGGAAUCCGUAGCGGAUAUGAAGUAAUGUGAUCUGCUGGACUGUACAAGACUAUGCCGUGAUAUCACUUCCUCCUUUGCCAUAUUAAGAUACAUUGGCAUCUGCUGCAUUUGCGUGACUUACCACUUGUAUGCAUAUGCCAUGCUGUAGCUUGAUAAGGUAAAGUGCGUUAUUUCCUGUGAGUUAAAUUUACUUUGUAUCACUAGUUUGUUUUUAUGUGUUUGAGGAAAACCUGUAGCUGUCACUUUACUCUUCUCUUCCAUUUAUACUGCACACUUUAGCUACAGAUUUGCCUGCAAGCAUUUGUAAAGGAACAGAUUUCUCUUCUCUUAAUGCUUUACCAGCCUUGUUUAAAGAUAAUUUAUGAGAAAAACAUAUAAAAAAGGAAAGACUGUAACAUUCCUUCUGUGCCUUAAUGCAAUAUUUUUGCCUUUGCCCAAAAAGGAGUUGACAUAUAUUUAUCAGUGCAAAGAAAACAUGUAAAAAGUGUAUGUAAGCUGUGCCAUAAGUGAUGCCAAGGGGCAAAAUAGCACGUGCUAUGCCAAGGGGCUAAAUAGCACGUGCUAUGUUGUACUUUAAAAAUGCUUUGUCUAACUUUCUGUUUUCUACAAUAAGUUUUUAAUGGCAAGAAUAAAGUGAUAAGAACGGC